AUGUCGCUAGAGAAGAUCACGACCAUCUCUCCCAUUACCAACAAGCCAGUUGUCACGCGCAAUGGCCUCUCAGAUGCUGAUCUCCAAUCUAUACCUGAGACGGCUUUGACAGCUUUCGACUCCUUUCGACGCACAUCGCUUGCUGAGAGGCAGAAGAUUAUCAAGAGUGCCCUGAAGCUACUAAAUGAGCGCCAGGAUGCAUUGGGCAAAGAAAUCACCGAGCAGAUGGGCCGUCCUAUCGCCUACACUCCAAAAGAGAUCACCACGGCUGUCAUGCGCGGCGAGUAUUUGCUCAAGAUCAGUGACGAGACCCUCAAAGAUACUGAGGGUGAGGCGGAAAAAGGCUUCAAGCGGUAUAUUAAAAAAGUACCGCUUGGGCCUGUAUUGAUUCUAUUCCCGUGGAACUACCCGUAUCUUACCCUCAUCAACUCGCUAGUCCCUGCCCUGCUUGCAGGCAACUCGGUCAUACUGAAGCCUUCCCCGCAAACGCCAACUAGUGCCGAACAGGUCCAGCAGAUCUUCAAAGAAGCUGGAUUGCCUGAUGGCGUGCUCCAAGUAUUCCACAGUGGGUCCAUUGUCCAAAUCGAGACGAUAGUACGGUCUCCGCAGAUCCAGCUCGUCUGCUUUACCGGUUCGGUAGCGAAUGGUCUCGCGGUCCAGAGUGCUGCAGAUGACCGAGUUCCUCUCCGUGUAGGUCUUGAGCUUGGAGGCAAGGAUCCUGCAUAUGUACGAGAUGACGUCGACGUCAAGUGGGCCGCGGAAGAGAUUGUAGAUGGCGCUAUCUUCAACUCAGGGCAGAGCUGCUGUAGCGUCGAAAGGGUUUACGUGGACGAAAAGAUCCAUGAUGAGUUCGUAUCGGCUGUCCAGGAAGUACUCAAAGGGUACAAGCUGGGUGAUCCGUUUGACAAGAGUACCCACGUUGGCCCCGUGGUCUCUAAACGAUCAGCGGAGAGUAUCCAAGCACAUGUCAAGGAUGCCCUUGAGAAGGGAGCCAAGGACGUUACCCCGGAAAAUGCCACAUUCAAAAAUCCGCCUGCCCAUGGAAACUACGUCGCCCCGACGCUUUUGAUAAAUGUCACACAUGACAUGGCCGUUAUGACAGAGGAGACUUUUGGCCCUGUGAUCCCAAUCAUGAAAGUCAAGAACGAUGCCGAGGCCAUCAAGCUCAUGAAUGACAGCCAGUUUGGACUCACAGCCAGCAUUUGGACCAAGGAUACUAGCAAGGGUCACGAGCUCAUUGACGACGUGGAAGCUGGCACCGUCUUCGUGAACCGAUGCGACUACCCCGCACCUGAUCUUGCAUGGGUUGGAUGGAAGGAUUCCGGAAAGGGACAGACUCUGAGCAAAUUCGGCUUUGACCAGUUCGUCAAACUCAAGAGCUACCACGUCAAAGAUUACCCAAAAUAG